UUUGGGGCUGGUUUCUCAAAAUCAUCGUAAGUGAUCUAAUUGAACUGUUCUUACAAAACAUAUGUAGUGAUGACUCCCUUCCUUCAGGAUGUUGAUGAACAUGGACCUAUAAUUGUUUUGUGAAACAGCGCUAGUUACGAGGUUGUUAUUUCGAAACAUUUGAUUUUGAAUUGUCAUUCGUAUUUUAAGAUCAUGGCGACCAACGUGGAAGAAACCGACUCGGCACUAAGAGACAACCAUCAAACCAAUUCAGUCAACAUAAAUGGCAAAGAAAUCAAGAAAGAUAAGAUUCCUGCAGGACUUCUUCGGCGACACGAUGAAAGGUUAGCCAAAGUUGAGAAAAUGAAAGAACAGCGUGAAAACGAAAAGGUGGUGCAAGAGAGUGCCGAAUAUUUUGCAAAGACGUUCAAUGCAGAGAGGUCGAGUAUUGAAGAGCGGUUGGCGACUGCAAAUAAUGUUGGAAAACCUAAACUGCGAGAUUUCUUUGAUGACAUUACAGAGGCAGCUGAGAAAUUACUGAAGUAUAUGACUGACAUGACCCAGUUCUUGCCCCCAUAUGAUAUUCAAAGUGCCCAACAAAACUUAGCAAAGUUGUUCGAGAGCAUCAACGAAAGGCGAGAUGAGUUGUUGCCAAAGAAGAAGUUCGCUUUCAAAGUAAGGAAGAGAGGAGAUGGACAGGCAUCCAAGCAACAGAAGAUUGGUCUGGAUGAUGUAGAUGCUUCUAAAUCAUCUCCAAUCAUCACAGUAAACGCCGCUGGAUUUUCAAAUCGGACAUCUGAGUCGUUAUCAUUGCCUGCGGAAGAGAUUCAUCAAAAAGAUGUCAGUCUCAGUAACCUUUCGUCAUGCACAAUCAAACUACCUGGAUCUCCAAGUGCGCUUCACAUCAGCAACCUCUCUGACUGCAAAGUCUUCUGUGGACCGAUUCCUGGGUCAGUGUUUGCUGAUAAGUGCAUCGAUAGCACCCUUAUCCUUGCAUGUCAACAGCUGAGGGUCCACAAUUCCAGAGAUACCAAGUUCUACCUUCAUGUGACGAGUAGAGCCAUCAUCGAGGAUACAACCAGCGUUCUCUAUGCUCCAUACAACUGGGCCUAUGAAACCUUGGAGAAGGAUUAUGAGGAGAGUGGUCUUGACAAGAGCAAGAACUCUUGGAAUGAUGUGGAUGAUUUCAACUGGUUGGCUCAUGACAAGCACUCACCGAACUGGGGACUGAUACCUGAUGAGGAAAGAGUUCAAGAAUGGGACUAAGAUUUCAGUUUUAAAUUUAGGUGCAGAUGUGAUCAAUAUGAUAUAUUAUAUGGAUGGUAAUUUGCAAUAAGGUGAUCAAAAUGUUUCCAAAUAUUUCUUAUUUCAAAUUAUAACCUUCAAUCUCUUUACUCAUGACAAAUUAUUCAAAAUGUCACUCCAAAUGAAAUGAAUUCAUGUUUUUGUGUUAAAUGUAAUUAAUUUGUAAAGAUACUAAAUAUAAAUCAUAAUUUUAUAUAGAGUCUAUAUUUACAUGUAAUUUGUAUUUGUUUUGCAGAGUUUUAAUACAUUUCAACUGGCAAUCAACAUUAUACCCUUAUGCUGUUUGACAUAUAACUUAAACUUGGCAUAGUUGCAGAAUACCCUACAAUUUUCUGACGAAGCUAUAUAUUUUCAUGUACAUAUGCCAUUACCACAUUCUUGAAGUACAGUAUGUCAACUCUAUUCUUGGCUCAAUCUGUUUAAAGUUAAGACAUUGGCUGUGAUAAAGUUCUACUUAGAGUACAUUAAUUGUUCUUAUAAUAAUUUUAUAUACAUGAACAUGUAGGCUUAUAUAUGUUUAAAGAUUACAGUGACUUUGCACCAUGUGAUUCUUUAAUAAAUGGUAAAGUACACAUCAGAAAGAUGUACACUUGUAGACAAGCAUAACACUUCAAAUUUCUUCAAAAUUAGAUUUUAAUUUUAAGUUAUGACAUUUUUAAAUGUUGCUUAUGCACAUAGUCAGUGAUAUUCGAAAGAGAGAGUUGAUGAUCUCCCUCACUCGCUAUUUUAUAGUUUAUUGUUUGAAUUAUACAAUAUAUCAAUUUUUACAGAUUUGACAAUGAGAACCAACUUGACUGAACCACAAAAUGUAAAACAAUGGUAAUUCCUCAUGUUAGGGAGGAAUAAAUCUUUUGUUCACAUGACAAUGAGAAGAAGAUUAAGUCGACUAUUUCAUGUUAAAAUAUAAAAGAAAUAGUGAGUGGGUGAUGUCAUCAGUCCUCUCAUUUGCAUACCGACCAGGAUGUGAUAACUGUUUUGUGAAAUUAAGCAAAAUGUCAUAGCUUUCUUGUUUUACAUCUGAUUUUGAUGAAAUUUUCAGUGUUAAGCAUGUUCGAUUUUUGUUUUUUUAUUCAAAUCAACUGUUUGUUGGGUUGGACUUGCCCUUAAAUGUAUGUGCAUGUACAAUACAUACAAAAUGUACUACAAAGAUAUGCAAUAUCUUACAUGACUGGCUUACAUACAUGUAGGUGGAGUGUACAUUUUCCACUCUUUUUACAUUUCUACAAGUAUUGUUUUGUGACAUAUAAUCCAGAACGGCCAAUAGUAAGUAAUGAUUGGCUUAAAAUGAAUUUCAAAUUUUCAAAACACAAUUCCAUGACAAGAAUGUCAACUUACCUUAGGUGAUGAUGAUAUUGACCUACAUAAUUAGUUUAUGUUGAACAAUGAGCAGGAUUUUAAAAUCUGUAGAAGGUACUAGGAGUGAUUAAUGAAUACAGUAGAUACGGUUGUGAAGUCCACAAUUAUAGCCCAGAAUGUGACUAAAUAAAUACAAAUCCUUUCCCCUACAGGUGCAUGUACAAUUGCAAUGAGAAUGUUUCCUAACACAAAACUAAUGCACAUGUUCUCCAAAAUUUAUUUAAUUCAUUCCUUUGUUUUUACAUUCAUUCUUCCAUGAAGGUCCCAUGUACAGGUACAUGUUCGUAAGUAUCCUCUGCAGAGGUAUACAUGUAUGUGGCUUUCCAUGUUAUAGAUGGACUUCUGUAGUGAAAGUGGGUAGAUUUGUUUAUAUUCAGAUUUUAUUAACUCACUCAGAUGGAAAUUGUACAGUAGUUCAAUGAUAUAAAACAUACCACACACCAAGAUAAAUGAUCUUACCUGUAAUUAGCUACAUGUGUUUUUGUAGAUUUCUUGUUCUCACGAGCCAUUCAAAAUUGAAUUUAAGACAUUUGCUUUUAAUAUGCCAUUUUUGAAGAAGAAAAAAAUGCUAUAAAAUCGCUUCAUGAUUUUUUUUUCCAAUCCUUGUCUGCGUCAAGUUUUUAAUACUGAUUGAGUAGUAUUUUUAUCCAGUACUGAGAAAUUUGUUUUACAAUGCAAUGUACAUUUAGUAGGCCUAUUAGCUUCUAGCUACUAUCUGAAAAAAAAAAAAAUCAAAAUUUUUAUUUAGUGUCAGUGUUCAAGGCGAAGGAAUGAUGUUGCCCCAAUUGCUCAUACCAUGGUACUUAUAAUUACAUUCAAGUUUGCACUGGAAAAGAGGAUGCAAUUUUCUGUUAAUAAUUUAAUGUUGGACAAGUAUUGAUUAAAUUACAAAAAAGCUCCAAAACAUUGAUUUA